CCGAUGUAUGUCGGGUGUACCGGUCGGUGUAGGGGUGUCGGUGCCGCCCCCCAAGGAUUAAUGGGCAUUCGGAGAACUUGCCGGUGCCGGUGCCGGUGCAUCCCCCCAGGGGUUAAUGGCACUCGGAGAAGUUGCCGGUUCGGGUGCUUCCCCCCCCAAGGCUUCAUGGCACUCGGGGAAGUUGCCGGUCCCGGUGCCGCCCCCUAAGGGUUAAUGGCACUCGGGAAAGUUGCCGGGCGCGGCGCGGCGCGGAUUGGCCCGAAGUUGGCGGGGGCUGGGCCGGGCCGUGCCGAGCCCCGCCGGCCGCCGCCGCCGCCCCCGGCCCCGGUCCCGCCGCCCCGGCGGAGCGAUGCGGCCCGCGCCGCUGCUCGGGCUCCUGCUGUGGGCGCCGCUGCUCUGGGCUCCGCCGCCGGUGCACGGCUACCGCCACGGCGUCCACUGGAACGGCAGCAACCCCAGGUUCCUGAGGGACGACUACACCAUCAAGGUGGCCAUCAAUGAUUACCUGGACAUCUACUGCCCACACUACGAGGGGGCUGUCCCCACUGGGCGGGCAGAGACCUUCACGCUCUUCAUGGUGGACCAGGAAGGCUACCGCAGCUGCCGGGAGACCCCUGGUGCCUUCAAGCGCUGGGAGUGCAACCGGCCCCGGGCACCUUUCGGGCCCGUCCGCUUCUCCGAGAAGAUCCAGCGCUUCACCCCCUUCUCGCUGGGCUUCGAGUUCCAGCCGGGGGAGACCUACUACUACAUCUCUGUCCCCACCCCCGAGAGCGCCGGGCGCUGCCUGAAGCUGCGCGUCUCGGUCUGCUGCAGAGGCACCAGUGAGUCCUGCCAGGAGGCGGCUGCGUCCCAAAAGUCUGGGGCUACCCCUCCCCUGCCUGGUCACACCUCGGGGGGGGGGGGAGUUAUUGGUUUGCACUGGGGCCUCGGGGGGACACCGUGUCCCCCAGGGGAGCCAGUCACUGACACCGUUGAUGUUUGUUUCAGCACCAGAGCCGGUGACGGAGGUUCCCAACUCGCAGCCCCAUGGGCAUGGGGGUCCAGAGGAUGCAGUUCCCGCCCGGGGCAUCACAGCUCCACUGCAGCCCCGUGCCCUGUGCCUGGUGCUUGUGCUCCUCACUCUGCUCUGGAUCUGACCCUCAGUGCUGCCCGUGGUGGGGGGAUGGGCUCUGCUGCCCCCUGCCCACUCCCUCACUCUUCCUCCACCACCAUCCCCUCCGAUGGGGCAGCCGUGGGCCACAACUUGCCUGCCGGACUCCCACAGAGCUGAGCCAGGAGCUCAGGGCUCAAAGGGUCCUGGCUCCCCACCGGCAUCGCACACCGGCCCCGGCACUGGGCUCCCUGCAGCCCAGGGGCACCUGCUCUGCCCCGGGGCUGUCACCUCAUCUUGUGCCUUUCCCCAUGGACCCACCACCCCACGGGGCCAGGGACCCCCAGGUCCUGGAGCAGGGCCCCUCCACUGCUUUGUCCUCCGGUGAGGACACACCGAUCUGUCUUCUGGGAAGACGCUCUCCGUGUGCCACCACACUCCGUGUGCCACCACACUGUCCUCCGUGUGCCACCACACUGUCCUCUGUGUGCCGUCACCGGCCCCACCGUUUGGUUUCAAUCCCUGGUAGUGACUGAGCCGAGCAAUACAGUGUUUGCAAGAUC